AUGGGGUUGUUCAAUGUUACUCACCCUGCUUCCUUCCUCCUGACUGGCCUGCCUGGUCUGGAGAGCUUUAACUCCUGGCUGGCAGGACCCCUUUGUGUCAUGUACGCUGUGGCCCUUGGGGGCAACACGGUGAUCCUGCAUGUUGUUCGAGUAGAGCCCAGCCUCCAUCAACCUAUGUACUAUUUCCUGUCUAUGCUGUCCUUUAGUGAUGUGGCCAUGUCUGUGGCUACGCUACCCACUGUUCUGAGAACCUUCUGCCUGGAUGCCCGAAGCAUUCCUUUUGAUGCUUGCCUAGUUCAGAUGUUUUUCAUACACUCUUUCUCCAUGAUGGAGUCCGGUAUUCUCCUGGCCAUGAGUUUUGAUCGCUACGUAGCCAUCUGCCACCCCUUGCGCUAUGCCACGGUGCUCACCAAUGAAAUCAUUGCUGGAAUGGGCUGUGCUGUGACUGUCCGCAGUUUUAUCACCCUCUUUCCUCUUCCCUUUCUCAUCAAAAGGCUGCCAAUCUGCAAAUCCAAUAUUCUUUCCCAUUCCUACUGCUUGCAUCCAGACAUGAUGAAGCUGGCCUGUGCUGACAUCACCAUCAACAUCUAUUAUGGGCUCUUUGUUCUCCUAUCCACUUUUAGCAUGGAUGUCCUUUUCAUAUUCCUCUCCUAUGUGCUUAUUUUGCGCUCUGUUAUGGCCAUUGCUUCCCGUGAAGAACGUCUCAAAGCUCUCAAUACCUGCGUGUCACACAUUUUAGCUGUACUUGCAUUUUAUGUACCAAUGAUUGGGGUAUCCACUGUGUAUCGAUUUGGAAAGCAUGUCCCUCGUUACAUACUUGUCCUCAUGUCAAAUGUCUACCUCUUUGUGCCUCCUGUACUCAACCCUCUCAUUUAUAGUGUCAAAACAAAGGAGAUCCGCCGUGCCAUUGUCCGCAUGUUUCAGCGCAUGAAAAUGUGA